CUGCGCUGCGCUGCGCUGCGCUCUGCAGCGGCGAGAGCGGAGCCGCCGCAGCCCGCCCGCCGCCGCCGCGGAUUUUGCGGGCUCGCCCGGCGCUGCCCGCCGGCGCCAUGGGAGACCGAGGCACCCGGGUGUUUAAGAAAGCGAGUCCCAACGGGAAGCUCACCGUCUACCUGGGCAAGCGGGACUUCGUGGACCACAUCGACGUGGUGGACCCCGUGGACGGCGUCGUGCUGGUGGACCCCGAGUACCUGAAGGAGAGGAAAGUCUUCGUGACGCUGACCUGCGCUUUCCGCUACGGCCGCGAGGACCUGGACGUGCUGGGGCUCACCUUCCGCAAGGACCUCUUCGUGGCCAACGCGCAGGCCUUCCCGCCGGCGCCCGAGGAGAAGAAGCCGCUGACGCGGCUGCAGGAGCGGCUCAUCAAGAAGCUGGGCGAGCACGCCUACCCCUUCACCUUCGAGAUCCCUCCCAACCUGCCCUGCUCCGUGACGCUGCAGCCGGGCCCGGAGGACACGGGGAAGGCCUGCGGUGUGGACUAUGAGGUCAAAGCGUUCUGCGCCGAGAACCUGGAGGAGAAAAUCCACAAGAGGAACUCGGUGCGCCUGGUGAUCCGCAAGGUGCAGUACGCCCCGGAGCGGCCCGGCCCCCAGCCCAUGGCCGAGACCACCCGGCAGUUCCUCAUGUCGGACAAGCCGCUGCACCUCGAGGCGUCCCUGGACAAGGAGAUCUACUACCACGGGGAGCCCAUCAGCGUGAACGUCCACGUCACCAACAACACCAACAAGAUGGUGAAGAAGAUCAAAAUCUCAGUGCGCCAGUACGCCGACAUCUGCCUCUUCAACACGGCCCAGUACAAGUGCCCCGUGGCUGCGGAGGACGCCGACGACGUGGUGGCCCCGAGCUCAACGUUCUGCAAGGUCUACACGCUGACACCCUUCCUCGCCAACAACCGGGAGAAGCGCGGGCUGGCGCUCGACGGCAAGCUCAAGCACGAGGACACCAACCUGGCCUCCAGCACGCUGUUAAGAGACGGCGCCAACAAGGAGAUCCUGGGCAUCAUCGUCUCCUACAAAGUGAAGGUGAAGCUGGUGGUGUCACGAGGAGGCCUGCUGGGAGACCUCGCCUCCAGCGACGUGGCGGUGGAGCUCCCCUUCACGCUCAUGCACCCCAAGCCCAAGGAGGAGCCGGCGCACCGGGACGUUCCAGAGAACGAAGCUCCCAUAGAUACAAAUCUGAUAGAACUUGACACAAAUGACGACGACAUCGUGUUCGAAGACUUCGCCCGGCAGCGGCUCAAGGGUGUGAAGGACGACAAGGAGGAAGAGGAGGAGCGCGCGAGCUCCCCGCAGCUCAACGACAGAUAAGCGGGCUCCCGCGCCGCCCCGCUCCGGCGCCGCCCGCGCAUUAGGCUGCUUCUAUUUUGUAUGAUUAUUAAGUUUGUUUUCUACCUGUUCCGGGAGCCUACAGAUCGCCCGAUCGCGACAGCAACUAUAACCGUCCAGCUGCGCCGUGUUGUCACUCUGCAUCCAGCUGCCUGAGCUGCUCUUUCCCGUGCAGGUCUGUGGGCACAUCCUGAGCGGCGCUGGAGCCGGCGGGGGGCAUCGCCGGUGCUCUGCGCCGCUCCGCUCCCCUCCCCGUGCGCUCCAAGCCCUUUCCCCGCCAGUGGGGGCAAACGCCUCUUCCUCGGCCGAGCUGAGCCGAGCCCCGUUGUUUUUUACUUUUUGGGUAAACCUGACUGGGCAGCGCGGUACCUAUUUUUUUUCCUUUUUUUUUUUUUUUUGUAAAGUGGUUACUUUGUACUGGUCAUCGAUACUUGCUUCUUUGGUUUCUCCACCGUAUCUGUGUUGUUUCUGUGUUCUGUCAAAUAAAUUAUUCUAGUUUAUUAAACUCGGAGAAGAAACCAC